AAAGGAGCCCUGCUGAUGUAAUAACAGGGAAAAAAAUCCUCUGGGCAGAAGGCCUUGGGAGGGCUGGGCUGGAAGUGCAGAUUCCGUGUGGGCAGGAAAGCUCGUAUAAUCUCAGCGGGCCACGGCUCAGGUAUGAAGUGUAGCUGGUUUGUGCCCAUGCCAGUGUGGAGUUGGAUUGUUUGCCCAACUGGUUGAGGUGACUCUGGCCCUUGGCUUAGAUCUCAUCUGCUUCUGGAUGCAGGAGGAGAAAGUCCAAUUAAUGGAAAGUGCACUGGCCCUGGGCCGCAGCCUCGGCAGUGCAGACCGUACCCAGAGUGGCCUCUGACAGAAUCUGAGGGACCGGGGUGUCCUGAGUCACCAUGGGCAAUGAGAACAGCACCUCGGACCACCAGCAAGAGGACGCCAGCUUGCACAACGUCAUCCUGUGGCCUCCAAAUCCUGAUCCUCUGCAGAGGUCUUCAUCAGCUGAGAGUCGAAGACCUGCGCAGCCACCCGAGGACAAGAAGUGGGGAGAUUCUUCCAGAAGCCGUGAGAGUGGGGACUUGUCCAGUGCUGGGCUUAGAGGCUCCUGCUUCACUUCUGAGAGUGCGGCCAGCCUGGAUCCAUGCAUCGUGUCCCCAGAGGUGACUGAGCCCAGGAAGCACCCACAGGAAGCCCAGGGCCCGGGAGGACCUCCAGCAUCCGGCUGCCCACUGCCCUGGGAGCAGGAGUGUCCCUUGAGCUCCGUGCCCUUCACUGAGAGCCCUCCAGAAGGCUGCCUAGAAAGCCCAGCAGCAGUGCCUGAAGAUGCUCCCACCCAGCACCCAAGGAGGGCGCCUCGUCCUGGUGCCCUAGGGGACACUGUGACAUUUACCCCUGAAGGGGACAGUAUGGCUGCCAUGGUCUCUGGUGCUGGGGGAGACAAAGAGAUGAAGGCUGGGGGACAGAUCUCUCCCUCCUACAGUUGCACUGACGGCUUGCCAGGGAUUCCAUCAGCACCUCCAGGAGAACCAAGGAACGAGCUGCUGUGUGCAGAGGGUCCCUUAGAGUCCCAAGAGAAAGAGAGUGUAGGUGGCUAUUCCCCCGCAGAACCCAGGCUGGGUGUGGCUUCUGGACAGAUAGUUCCCAAGCUCUGUCCUUCUGCCCAUCCAGGCGAGGACAGCUUAGCUGGCCAAGUGGAUUACCCUCUAAAACCUGAGACCACGGUCCCACAAGAUUCAGCUCUAGGAGCCUCGGACAGAGAAAAAGGCCAAGCAGAGGCACCACUUCAGCAUUUAGCCAAUGAUUUGGGAUUCCUUAGCUCCUGCCAUUCCCCUGGGAGCAAUUCAGGGGCUGCCCAAGAAGCUGAAGCUGCCGCUUCCCUGGAGAGCUGUAGGAAGGCACAUCUCCAUGCAGAGCCCUUAGACCCACUGAGCCCUACCUUGGUGCCAGGGACAGAAACCCCAGAUUCUAGCGGUGCUCACAGUCACUUGCUGACAGGGAUGAAAGGUGGGGAGUCCCAUCAAGUCUCCCAUGUGGCGACAGGCAUCCAGGGAGAUGUGAGCUCCUUCGGGAUCCCUGAGCCCUUUCCACUUACUCUGACUGAAGAAAUACAACCAGCUUCCAGCCCCACAUCACACCCCACCCAUGGGCUUCCUGCUGCCCCAGAUGGACCCAGUUCAUUGGCCAGGGAGAGGGCUUCCAAAGCUGAAAUGCCAGUUUCUGCAUAUUUGAUCAAAGAGCUGGUGGAUGAAAGGUCGACAGGACUAGAAAACUGCUCAUCAGAUCUUGGAAAAGAGCAAGAAUAUUCAGAAGCAAGUUUUGGAAAGGAUUAUGCCUCUUCACCCCAAGAGAGGGCAGAGCGUGGGAACUGGGAGCACAGCCAUGCAGAGCCCCAAGGGGUGAUGCUGCCCCCUCCUCCUCCUCCUGGGGCUUCAAGCAAAAGGAUAGAGAGCUCAGUAGGGCCAGAGGAGGGAACCAAGGCCCCUGAAGCUACUGGACAUCCAGCUAUGUCUAGAGAGAAAGGCAGAUGCCAUGGAGACAACCCUGAAGGACUGUCACAAGACACAGAACAACUUGGUGCCGUGGAUCCUGGAAACCAGGAGGGGAAAGAGUCUCAGGCCUCCCACUGCAAGCCCUAUGCACAGGGGGACAAAGACAAGCUGCCAAAGCCAAGUGAUGAUGCAGAGAGUGCAAUCUUUUCCAACUUAGAUUCAGCAGAGCCACCUAGAAAGGGAGACACUGGACAGGUGGACAGAUCUGACUCUGCAUCAGCAGAGGCAGUGUGGCAGGUGGUGGCUGAAGCCACUGGGGCUGAUGCAGCCCCCAAACCCCAUGAGGAGGACCCCCUCCGGACCCCAGCACCAGAUGGUACUCGUGAGCCAGUUGUUCCCGAAGAAGCCGUCUGGGAGAAGCCAGGAUUACUGACCAAACGUCCAGAUAAGCUUCAGGACAGAGAAGGACUGGGACAAACAGAGUCUCCUCCUGCUUUAAAGUCUGAAAAAUCCACUUUUGCUGGAGACGUUGUAACCAAAGUUCAGGAGGUGGAGCAUGCUUUGGAAAUAAGCAAGACAGGUUGCCCAUCCUCCCAGAAGCCCUACAGCUGUGACACCAAGGGAUUGUUGACAUCCCCAGGUCACCCUUGUGGGCUGGGGCAAGAUGCAGCUGGACAGGAAGCUCACGCUGAUGUGCUGCCUCCCCCUGAGAGAGAGAAGGCAGCAGCAGCAGCCUGUGGACUCAGUACUCUCAGCCUGACGCAAGACUGUCAGGGAAACCUGCUACGCCCAGGGAGCAGCUGCACAGGAGGAGCUGCAGCAGAGUGUCCCCCCCUACCUUCUGAAGACUGUCCCCAGCCACCCCAAGUGGGCUCAGGAACAUCCUUCCAUGAUCUUCUCAGGGAGAAGACCCAACUACUUGGGCAAGAUGGGCAAGAGGCUUACCCAAGUGAUCCUGGGUCUAAGGACCAGGGGGUAGAGUCUCCCCACGUCCACGUCUCUGUGGAGCCGCAGGUGGAUGUGUGCUUACCCAGUGAUGGGGGACGGGAACGGGUGUGUGGGCCAGAACUUCCUAGGGAGCUCCCCAUGGGCAGUCUGUCUGAUGCUCUGAGUUCGUCUCCCAAGUACACAGUUCUGGAGAGUUCUCUACCAGUGAAGUCAGAACUGCCAACCUCAAUAGGACAGAAGUUGCCUAUAGCAGGGGAGAACGAGCAAGAAGGAGUAGGUGGUGGGGUCCGGCCUCCUGCAGCAGACACCUUGGAAGACUCUUCUCUUGCAGGGAACUUGGGUGGAAAGGAAAGUUGCUGUGCUGGGCAGGGACCAAACAAGUCCCAACAAGAGCUGGUUGGUGUUUUGAAAGCAGGCAGCCAACAUGAAGAAGCAUGUUGCAAGGAUGGAGGAGUUUCUGAAGAAGCUAACGCCUGGCCCCUGCCCCAGGGUGCGAGUAAGACAGAGAUGGCAAGUAGAAACACAGUGUCUUGUCCUCCUGACUCAGUAGCUCUCCACGAUACAGCACACUGCCUGCCAGCCUCAGCGCCUGCCAGUGCCAGAGCCACACCCACCCAGGAUGCCCCAGAGAGACGGACAUAUGAAAGAAGCCAGGAAGACAGGCAGGAGCCUGCGCCAGCCCCACAGCAAAGGAUGGAGUGCCCAGCCACUAUGGAUGCAGAGGCCCCAAAGCUUCUUAGAAGUUUCCCAUCAACCGGGAUGCAAGGGAGUGAAGGUGCAGCUGCCGAGAGUGGUGACAGUGCCAGUGAAGGAGACCGCAGGAUGCUGGAGGCGCCCAAAGAACCUGAUGCUGCUCAGAGCGGGAGCCUCUCUCCAACGGAGCACUGCUUUGCAUCCUGGAAAGAAGCUUCUGCCUUGGCCGUAGGUGAGCCUUGCCAAGUUGAGCAGCGUGUGUCCAGCGGGGAGCGCGCCUCGCUGUCAAUCAUAGAGCCUAGUGGGAGUCCCGGAAGUGGUGCAGGUAUUUCUGCCUGCCAGGCUGUCCCUGACCCAAAGAGGUUUUUGACAUCUGGGUCACAUGAGGAGGCUGAGCCUGACACCCCUUACCUGCAUAUUGAUGGUGCUGCCAGGCAAGGAGCAAAGGACAGUACAGUGGAAGCUACUUUCUCUGAAGGCCUCCAGGCUCCUGGGGAAAGCCCCCGUCCCAAAGAAGAGUCCCUGCUUGUCCUUGGAAGUGCUGCCUCUGUGAAGCUGUCUGCUGGUUCCCUGGCUCUGCCUUUGCAUUCAGGAGCUGCAGGUAGGGAGAUCUCUGCAGUUCAGCCCAGCACUGAAAGGCCCAGAGCUGGAAACACCGAGGGACCUGUGACCUCCGCGCCCUACCUGAACAGGAGGCCACCUCUCCUAGCCAAGGGGAAGCAGACAGCCCAGGAGGAUGAAGUGGCCCCAGCUUACCCAGGUGCCAGACUACGUGAGAGUCCAGGGUGUCCUGCUAGUGAGGACAGCACGGUGGCUGACAAAGAAAGAGAGAUGAGGGGCAAUGGGAAGAGGACAGAAGAGCCUUCCCCAGAUCCAAAGAGGGAUGUAUCUUGUGAUGCAGAUGCAAGUGCCAAGCAGACCAGCAUGGUCGCGGGGCUCCCUGACUUCAGGGAGCACAUCACUAAGAUCUUUGAGCAGUCUGUGUUUGGAGCCCUGGCCACUGAUCGGCCCCAGAGUGCACCUGAUGAGAAGGCAGGUGCCGGGAAAAACAUGGUGGGCAGGACCCCUGCCAUACCGCUAAACCCAGAGAAGAACCUAGAUGGGACCCAAGGAGAGGCCUGUACACUUCUCUCUGUGUCUCCUGCUGAACUCUUGGUGGAGAAGAAGCAAGAAGGGGCUGUUGAGGUUGAGGUUUCCCAGAAUCUGGCAGCAGACAAGCUGCUGGCUCUGGUAGGACCAGCCUUAGAGCAGAACUUGUCCGCUGCCAAUGCUGAGCAAGGGACAACUGGUAUCCCACCCAUAGUGAGAAGCAAGAGGCCAGAGGGGCCUGAGGAGCCCUGGCCAGGCCUGGGACUCCAGGCUUACUGGCCACUUGAGAACAGUGGGCAGGAAUUAGCUGCAGGUCCCCCUUUGCCCCUGCUGGCCAAUCAGAGGAUGCUUCUAGAGGGAAUCAGGGACUCCAAGGUAGCAGCUCCCCAGAGUGGUGGGGAAGAGGCCCUGGUCUUGGUUCAGUAUGACAGAAUCCCUUCUGGGGCACAGCACCGGGAAACAUCAGCUAGUGACACUCAAUACAGAAGAGAUGGUCUGGAGAGGUUUGCUUGCACAGAGGGUCCUGGUGAUGAGCUAGGAGCACCCUACACCCUGGAAGCCAAGUCUCCUAGUGGGCAUGUGUUGGCUAUGCCUGAGGCUAACAGUGAGCCCGGGAUCCCUCACCCACUUGGGGGUGGGGAGAAGCCUGAGGCUGCUGCCAUGGUCUUGGAAAUGCAAAAUGCCCCAGGCCACGUAAGCACCCCUAAGCCACAGGCUGAAGAAGGGUCAGACUCUCUCCUGGAGCCUGGCAAAGGGAUAGGAGCUGCUGGGGAAGCUGCGGGUGACAUCACAUCACACACGGCUGAGACAGGGGCACGUGCCGCUGGUGACUUGAUUGAAACAGGUACUGCAAGGACAUUCCCUGGCAUGCCUCAUGACUCAGCGCUGCCAGGGAGCUCUCAGGACCUAGAAGACUCUGACCCGGCACAGGCGAUGGAGAAUGCAGCCACCCUGCAAGGGGACAACACAGAUGGACACCAGGAGGCCCAGGAGCAGCUGGGGCCUGACCUCCCUGCUCCUGAGGGGCAUAUGAAGGCAGGCAACUCCUCAGAGCCUGACAAAACCAGAGACCCAAAGCCACAACAUUCAGCUCCAGAAGAGCUCCAAGCCAGCAGAAGAAGCCCUGGGCCUGGCUCAGCCACCUUACCUCUGGUUCCUGAGGAUGCUCCGAGAGUCCUUCCAGAGGAAGCCAGGAAUACAAGAGGGCUGGAAAGCACACCGGUAACAGAUGAUGUCAUCCAGCCAGCUGUCCACGCAGACCUGGAGAACCCGCCCAUAGCUACGUCCUCCCCCAACAGUGAUCAUGCUGGUGUUUCUACGGCUCUGACGGCCCCGAGGAGUUCAGACUCUGAGGAAGCAUUUGAGACCCCGGAAUCAACGACCCCUGUUAAAGCUCCACCAGCCCCACCCCCACCACCGCCCGAACUUAUCCCAGAACCCGAGGUCAGCACACCACCAGCCCCAGAAGAACCAGGAUGCAGUUCUGAGACGGUCACCAUCCCUGAUGGCCCGUGCAGCAACUCCGUGGAAGGAAGUCCUUUCCGACCUCCCCACUCCUCCUCUGCCGUCUUCGAUGAAGACAAGCCGAUAGCCAGCAGCGGGACUUACAACUUGGACUUUGACAACAUCGAGCUGGUAGACAACAUUCAGAGCUUGGAGCCUCGCCCCUCAGACUGCCGGGGCCAGGACUGCAAGGGGAGUGCGCGCAGGAAGUCUACGGAGUCUGUGCUCCCUUCCAAGUCCACCCUGUCCCGCUCGCUCAGCCUUCAAGCCGGUGACUUUGACGGUGCUUCCUGCCCAGGCAGCCCUGAGGCUGUGGCCCUCGCCCCAGAUGCCUGCGCCACAGGGUCCAACAGCGCUUCUAGUACUCUCAAGCGAACUAAAAAACCAAGGCCACCUUCCUUAAAAAAGAAACAGACAUCCAAGAAGCCCACAGAAACGCCCUCAGUGAAAGAGACCCAGCAAGAGCCAGUUGAAGAGAGUCCUGGCCCCUGUGAGGAGCAGGAGCAGCUGACAACUGAGACAAAGACGGAGGUGGCUGUGGCCGAGGGCUCGGGGUCUGUCCUCCCGGAGGAGACACCCCUGGAGCCUGCUGCUGUGCCCCAGGCCGCUUCUCCUCCUGACUCGGACUGUGUGGACGGUGCUUGUCCCCCAGCUUCCGGAGGUGGCAGGGUGCAGAACUCCCCUCCUGUUGGGAGGAAAACGUUGCCUCUUACCACGGCCCCUGAGGCAGUGGAGGUGACCCCGUCAGAUAGCAGGGGGCAAGAGGGCUCCCCGGCCAAAGGGCUCUCGGUGAGGCUGGAGUUUGACUAUUCUGAGGAUAAGGGUAGUUGGGACAACCAGCAGGAAAAUCCCCCACCUUCCAAAAAGAUAGGCAAAAAGCAGGUUGCCAAAAUGCCCCUGAGGAGGCCAAAGAUGAAAAAGACACCUGAGAAACUUGACAACACUCCUGCCUCACCUACCAGAUCCCCAGCCGAGCCCAGUGACAUCCCUGUUGCCAAAGGUACCUACACCUUUGAUAUUGACAAGUGGGAUGACCCCAAUUUUAACCCCUUUUCUUCCACCUCAAAAAUGCAGGAAUCUCCCAAGUUGCCCCAGCAGUCAUAUAACUUUGACCCAGACACUUGUGAUGAGUCCCUCGACCCCUUUAAGACAUCCUCUAAGACCCCCAGCUCACCUUCUAAGUCCCCUGCCUCAUUCGAGAUCCCAGCCAGUAUUGAAGCCAAUGGAGUGGACGGGGAUGGGCUCAAUAAGCCCGCCAAGAAGAAGAAGACGCCCCUGAAGACGAUGGUUGAAGAUGUGAUGUCUGUGUGUUCUCUGUUUGACACAUUUAGGGUGAAAAAGUCGCCAAAACGGUCUCCUCUCUCUGAUCCACCUUCUCAGGACUGCACUCCAGCAGCCACCCCGGAGACACCGCCAGUUAUCUCUGCAGUGGUACAUGCGACAGAUGAGGAAAAGCUGGCAGUCACCAGUCAGAAGUGGACGUGCAUGACGGUGGACUUGGAGGCUGACAAGCAGGACUUCCCACAGCCCUCAGACCUGUCCACCUUUGUAAACGAGACCAAAUUCAAUUCGCCCUCGGAGGGUAAGCAACUUGGUGGCCUGCUGGACCACCACCCUGCCUUGGAGAACACUGCCCUUAGGGAGCAAAAGGCCAGGAAAGACACCUUUCAGCCAGAGCUGGAUUACAGAAACGCCUAUGAAAUUGAAUACAUGGAAAAAAUCGGCUCCUCCUUACCUCAGGACGAUGACGCCCCGAAGAAGCAGGCCCUCUACCUUAUGUUUGACGCGUCUCAGGAGAGCCCUGUCAAGUCGCCUCCAGUCCGGAUGUCAGAUUCCCCAACGCCGUGUUCAGGGUCCAGUUUUGAGGAGAGUGAAGCCCUUGUGAAUGCUGCUGCAAAAGCCCAGCAUCCUGUCACACGAGGGCUGGCCACCAGCCAAGAGCCACACUUGCAAGUGCCAGAGAAAUCCUCCCAGAAAGACCUGGAGGUCAUGGCCUUGGGGACCCCGUCAGAGGCGAUAGAAAUUACAGCUCCCGAGGGCGCCUUUGCCUCUGCUGAUGCCCUCCUCAGCAGGCUGGCCCAUCCAGCCUCUUUCUGUGGUGCGCUUGACUAUCUGGAACCCGACUUAGCAGAAAAGAACCCCCCAGUAUUUGCUCAGAAACUUCAGGAGGAGUUAGAGUUUGCCAUCAUGCGGAUAGAAGCCCUGAAGCUGGCCAGGCAGAUUGCCCUGGCUUCCCGCACCCGCCAGGACGCCAAGAGAGAGGCUGCUCACCCACCAGAUGUCUCCAUCUCCAAAACAGCCCUGUACUCCCGCAUCGGGACCACCGAGGUAGAGAAGCCAGGCCUUCUGUUCCAGCAGCCGGACUUGGACUCUGCCCUGCAGCUUGCCAGAGCCGAGGUCAUCACCAAGGAGAGAGAGGUCUCCGAGUGGAAGGAUAAAUACGAAGAAAGCAGGCGGGAAGUGAUGGAAAUGAGGAAGAUCGUGGCUGAGUAUGAGAAGACGAUCGCGCAGAUGAUAGAGGACGAGCAAAGAGAGAAGUCUGUGUCGCACCAAACUGUGCAGCAGCUGGUCCUGGAGAAGGAGCAAGCCCUGGCCGACCUGAACUCCGUGGAGAAGUCUCUGGCUGACCUUUUCAGGAGAUACGAGAAGAUGAAGGAAGUCCUUGAGGGUUUCCGCAAGAAUGAAGAGGUGCUAAAGAAAUGUGCACAAGAGUACCUGUCACGAGUGAAGAAGGAGGAGCAGAGGUACCAGGCCCUGAAGGUGCAUGCGGAGGAGAAACUGGACAGGGCCAAUGCAGAGAUUGCCCAGGUUCGAGGCAAGGCCCAGCAGGAGCAAGCUGCCUACCAGGCCAGCCUGCGGAAGGAGCAGCUGCGAGUGGAUGCUCUGGAAAGAACGUUGGAGCAGAAGAAUAAGGAGAUAGAAGAGCUGACCAAGAUUUGCGAUGAACUGAUUGCUAAAAUGGGGAAAAGCUAACUCUAAACCAAAUGCUUGGACUUGACUGUCGCGUGCAAUAUGACCAUUGGCACACUGCUGUCCUCGAAGUUACGCGGACAGGUUCUGUUUUCACUUUUCGUAUGCACUACUGUAUUUCCUUUCUAAAUAACGUUUGAUUUGAUUGUAUGCAGUACUACGGAGACUAUCAGGAUUUCUUGCUAUUGGUUUGCAUUUUCCUAGUAUAAUUCAUAGCAAGUUGACCUCAGAGUUCCUGUAUCAGGGAGACUGUCUGAUUCUCUAAUAAAAGGCAAAAAAUUGCUGACCUUGGCCCUGCCCUUUGUACACGGAUUCCCAGGGCGAGCAGCUUUUGAUUUAAUAUGAACAUGUACAGCGUGCAUAGGGACUCUUGCCUUAAGGAGUGUAAACUUGAUCCACAUUUGCUGAUUUGUUUUAAAGAAUGCAUGUUUCAAAUAAAAUCUUCUAUUGUAAAUAAAUUUUUUUCUUUGGAUCUUGGCAA